AUAGAUUAAAUAUAUAUAAGUAGUGAUCGGCACUUUCGUACUUUUGCCAAAUAUAGAUAAGUGCAUAAGUGUUGAAUGAAGCGAAGACAAAAUGGUUGAUUUAAAAAAAGACUUGGACGAAUAUUUGCUAUUACAUAGUGAUCAAAGGAAGGUUUUUAAUCUCCAUAUGCCGUCAAUUGAAGCACCAAAUAUAACUAGAUGGUUUAUGAAAGAAUCUUUACAACAGGAAGAACAUACUUGGUUUCGAAGGAUUACUAACCAGUGCUUUCCUACUUUGAGUAGAUUUCAACGAAUAGUUUUCUUUGCAGUGUGCCUUGCACUUGGUUGUUUAUGUUUUUUGAUGUCCUCAAUAUAUAUUCCUGUACUUGUGUUCAAAGCUAGAAAAUUUGCUUUGUUAUUUACACUUGGCAGCAUAUUUUUUGUUUUGGGCUUUUUUUUCCUAUGGGGUCCGAUUGCAUUUAUAAGAUACAUGUUUGCAAGAGAAAGGCUACUGGUAACUAUAACUUAUGGAGGAAGCUUAGGAGCCACUUUAUUCACCGCUCUACAUCUUCAGAAUUUACCAUUUACAGUUACUUUUGCUGUGGUACAAGUACUUUCACUCCUUUGGAGUUUAAUAGCGAUUAUACCUGGUGGAACUAGUGGACUUUCUUUUAUUAAAAAAAUAUUAUGUCGUUCAACUAGGAGUAGCUUGCCAAUUUAAAAAAACGUGAAUAAGUAUAAUAUAUUAAUAUAAGAAUUUUUGUUUGCUUUAAUAUUUGUGACUAUAAAGAGACAUAAUGUCGUUUAAGAUGCAAAAACUCGUAACGCACACUUUGAUGGAAAUGGCGAUUUAUUAGCCAUUAAGUUUAUUGCUUACAUACUUAUGCACCUGCAAAAUAUGACAAGCCACAAUUGCGUCGUUUCAGUGAAUUUUAACGAAAACAAAAAACUCACAUCCCACAUAUUUUACUGCAACAUCUCGUAAACCACAUACCCAUCUAGUGUAUGUGGAAUACAUGAUACUAUGACUUCCAAGAUAAAACCACUUCGCAAUCGAAUUUUGUACAUCGAUGCGCAUGACGUCACUUGGCGAUAAAAGUUUAUCUUUAAUUUAAUAUUCUGAAAUAUAUUUUAUGUAAAGUGCACACAUUUCUUGUCAACUUACUAGAUAAACGAUAAAACAAUACUAAAUCUGACAAAACUCCAUGCAAAACAGAACAUUUCUGGUGAUGUUUGUCACCAAGUGACGUCACGCGUGCAAAAGAGAUAGACUGAUCGCGUGCGCGUGGGUUUAUCUUUAGUUCAUAGUAUCAUGUGUGGGAUAUGAGGUCACGGUUCGUAGACUUACUACGGUUGCCUCUUCCGACUGGGGUGGGGAGAGUUAAAUGCUCGAGUUACGCCACCAGAGUACACAAGAAUACAAAACCCAUUUAUUAUCACAGUUUGUUCAUGGUAAUUAUCUUUCUGAUUAUUAUUUGCUUUAUUAUUUAUCGUUUCUUAAAUAUCUUAGUUUACUUUAUAUUUUUGUAUUUGAAAAUUUGGUGUUGUUUUCUGUAACAAUUUAUUUUUAAUUAUCGAAGAAAAGUUAUUUAUUGUAGUUAUACAUCGUACCUAUUAUUGUAGAGUACCUUACAUAAGAAUAUCUUUUUAUAAGAUAGAUUAAAACUUUAAAAUGUCAUUGUUUAUUAACGUAAUAAUAAUAAGUAAAUAAGUCUGCCGAUUCUGAUCAGCAAAUAGCAUUUUUCACGUUUCCCAAAAAUACAAAAUUAGAAAAAAUAUGGGUUAUGCGCUGGUGCAGAAAAGAUAAAAUAAAUAUAAAAACUGCAAGAGUAUGUAUUAAUCAUUUCAAGGAUGAUUUUGUGGAUGACAUGUAUGCUCGAAUAAUGGAAACUAUACCUUAUUUCAUUAAGCGAUGCAGGGCAUAUAAACAACGAUAAAUUUAACAGAUAAUUGUUAAAGAUGUUCCAAAUGAGUCUACCCGUUCCGAUAAGUAACAGUAUAAUUAUGACACUUUAUUAUUUUUUUUCUUUUCUCAAAUAUUCGUGUUUAUUGCAUAGUAAAUAAAUUAAUGUUAUCACUGAAUACAUAGUAAGUGAAAAAAUAAUCCGAUUUAUAAAAUUAAUGAAUAUUUUAUGCAUAAAUGCAAGUAACAGUUCUUCAAAAAUAUUUAAAAACUAACCGAAAUGUUCAUCUUUAUUUCGUCUGUCGAAGUUUUCAGCAGCUCAUACCAGUUCGGACACGAUUCAAUGUUUACAUCUUCUUGCAUCGCUUAAUGAAUUCUACUAUAGGCCUAAGUUGAAAUUAAAAUAGCUAAAUUCCAAUGUAAAAGUUUAUAUCAAAUAACGCAAAAACUAUGGCAGAUAUUGAGAUGAUUGUUUUUUUAUAUAAAAUGUCUUAAAAAGUUUUAGUGCACUAUUUGGUUGUAAAUUAAUAAAUUGUUUAAACAAUAUUUUUUUUUCAAAUAUUUUUGGUUAAAAUAAACGUAAAUUUUUUUUUUUUUUUCAAUAGGGCACUAGAGAAUUUUACCCACUUUCCGAAUCUGUUUUUAUUUUUAACAUAAAGUGUAACACAAAGCAGCUAUUUGGUAUAAACUUUUAAAAAAUUUCAAAGUUCUGCUAAAUGUAAUUCUCUAUCCGUCAGCACAAGCUGUCCUUGUCGGUAGCUUCUGGAUUCUCGCCAGCAGGUAGGUAAGACCCUGGGAAGAGGAUAAAUAAUGUUGAAUAACAUUAUUAGGGCUUAUUCUGACUCACUGACAAACCAGUGUGUUUAUUGUAUUUAAAAUAGGAAAUUUUAUAUAAAUAAGCAGUAAGUAGGUACCUAUAAUUUGAUUAAAUUUUUAUACGAAUAG